ACAGAUACGGUACCUACCCUAUUACCACAUUACUCACAAUAGUUCUCUUACCUCCCGAAACACCUUGUGCAUCAUCUCGGUACGCACUCUCACACUAGACGCUCGCUUGCUCACAGCUUCACGUCCGCCUUUCCCGGGAAUCUAUAUACCACGUUUGAUUGCGUCUGGCACCACGAGUCGAACUCGCUCCGAGGGGUUCCGACUCGACCUUCACACGGCCACUGUUACUCCACCGCCUACCUAUGACCACAACGUUUCUGUGAGAACACCCCGAUCAUGGCGUCGUCGAGGUUGGCAGGAGGCGCAAAGCAUCGGCUCAUGAUGGAGAUGCAAGAUCUCUCUAAAGAGAAAUGGGUUAACAUUGAUCUCGUGAAUGAGAAUAUACUUCGUUGGCGCCUCGGUCUUAUUGUCGUGAAUCCAGAAAGCGCCUUCAAUGGCGGAUAUUUCAAGGCUGAGAUGACCUUUACGGAAGAAUAUCCCUACCAGCCGCCCACUUUUCGAUUCCUGAUUCCCAUCUACCACCCUAAUAUUUAUCCCGACGGGAAGCUGUGUAUCUCCAUACUUCACACACCGGGCGAAGACAUCACGUCUGGUGAGCAGGCCAGCGAGCGCUGGUCACCCCUUCAAGGCGUCGAAUCGGUUCUGCGGUCCGUUCUCCUCCUCCUGGACGACCCUGAGAUCAACUCGCCAGCCAAUGUAGAUGCUAGCAUCAUGUACCGGGACAAGCGCGAUAUGUAUAACAAGAAGGCCAGGGAUAUUGUCGAAAAGUCGAAGCAUGAUAUUCCUGAGGGGUUUGAGAUGCCCACAACCCUCGAGCCCCCGCCACCACCCAAAUCAGCCGAUGACGACGCUGCCUUCUGGGAUGAGAGCGAUGAAGAGCUCGAUUUCGGUGGCAGCGACACAGGUGAUGAUGAGACGGCUGAUUUUGACGAUGACGGCGAGGAAGAGGGACAAAGCGACGAUGAUGACGUCUAGUACCUCACUCGCAUCGAUCCGUGAAUGAAUUGUACCUUAAGGUACCUACUUUUUGGCCCUUUUAUCAUCGGGAUGGAACUUGGCUUCUUUUGAUGAAGGGCCAAUAAUAUUACAACCCAGCAUUGACGAAGGCAGGUUUGGACUUUGUUCAGGUCUCCGCUGGGCGCCGGGCAACGACUCAUGACGCACGAAACAAAAGCAAAGGAAGAAAACAAAAUCUCGAUGUUCAGGUCAAAUCCCUAGUAUAACAUGUUCUCCUACUCUCGGUAUACACGAAUACUUUGCAUAGCGUCGGAUUGUUGCGUUUUUUUUUUUUUCGGAUCUUCUUUUCACUAGAUGUACGAAAUGGCAUGCUCUCACGGAACUUUG